AUGCCUCGAACAUAUCAAGGCCCCGCUUCCGGAGAGCCCUUAUUCGAACGAUUUGGAGAGACGCCUCUGAGGACAGCUGUGUUUACUUAUAUUGGCUAUCUAUUUUUAAAUAUUUUGGGCCGCUUCCAAGAUUUUUUGCGGUGGUGUUCCGUUCUUCACUGUCCGAUUAGUGGCGAACCAGAGAAAACGCGAUCAUUUGUCCCUCUUUAUUCAUCCUAUGAAGCGUUUUACACUAGAAAUCUUUAUCGUCGUGUUCAAGAUUGUUGGAAUCGGCCUAUCUGCUCGCCACCGGGUGUUGAAAUAGUUUUACUGGAUCGAUAUUCACCGGAUUUUGGAUGGACGCUUGAAUUCACAGGUACCAAAACUCGGGUGCUCAAUCUGGGUUCUUAUAACUAUUUGGGAUUCGGUGAUUCGAAGGGACCAUCGAUUACAGCCAACGAACAAAUGACCUAUCGAUUCGGUGUCGGUGUGGCCAGCUCGCGUCAGGAGGCUGGUAGCCUAAUCCUGCAUCGGGAAUUAGAAGAUUUGGUUGCCGAGUUUGUUGGUACAGAAGCAGCCAUUGUUUUCAGCAUGGGAUUUGCCACAAACUCGCUCAAUUUACCUUGUUUAGUGGAUAAGUCCGGUAACGGUUCUAAAUGA